AAUAAUCUGACUAUUAAACCAUAUCUCUCCCGGCUAGUUUCGAUUUAAAAUGAGUUGGAAGUGGGCCUAUGGCUGAUAAUAAGGGAAAUAUGUAUUACAGUGCCGUAUACAACGUAUUAGGAACUCCAAGAUAAGAUUGGAUCAUCGAGGAAAAAAUAUUGAAAAAAUGGACGAACGUCAAAGUUCAGCGAGGAAACCUUUGAACACAAACUGGUACCGCUGCUGGCAAAGUGUCUGCAUAACACAUGCCGUCUUGGUUGAUUUAACAACCGAUGGAUUUGAUCGACUGCAGCAGGAAACGAUUGAUUAUAUCAACAGCCUCAAUGGCUUCAAAGAACGCACCAUUUGUUCGUCAUGUAACACCAUUAAUGUGUUACCAUGUUGGACAAAGAACCUUUGCAAAGGUACAAAAGGAAACUGCGAAAUUCAUUCAAGUCCUGCUUUGCUAUACGGCUCAUGUCCGACAAACGGGUUUUGCAACGAAUUUGUAAGCAAGCUUGUUGAGAGCCAUCGCUUUGGAAGUCCAGUAUGGGCAAAUACAGAUGCUGCAAAAUGGUGCUCAAAUGGUUGGGAAAUUGCAAAAUGCUUUAUGCCUCCAAGUGGUUAUGCAGACAAGGCCAACGCAAAAGAGACCGAUGUGAAUGGACUUAUUAGCUGCAUCAUUAAUUGCACGUUUUUCCAGCAAUACUUCCAUGACGAUCUUUCAAAGCCCAAUAGCAUCGCUGCGAAGGCCAAAGAGCACGUGACUAAAUUGAGACAUAAUCCUGACAUGGAGCUCACAGAGAAUCAGACAACGUCCCUAAUUGAAGAUUUCAUCAAUUUACUGGAUGACGAGACAUAUCUUAGAAAGAACGACAAGGCAAUUUAUGCAUGCGAGCAAUUAAUAAAGGUCAAGGACGGUUGCAUCGAAUUCACAGAGAGCGAAGUUGCAAAUUUGAUGUCGUGCAUACGAGAUGUUGAAAGUAACUUCAAAGAACUUCAGUGUUGUUUUCAAAGGUGCAUGCUAAACGCUCAACAAUGCAUGCAUGUUGGUUCACAGAUGUUAGCAUUUUCCCAAGCAGGUUUUCGGGAAGAUUUGAAAACGCUUUACAAAACACAGCACAAUACUCUUCCUGUUUAUCCGUCCGUGCCUGAAAUUGAUGACAACAUUGACAAUAUAUAUGUUAAACCAAAAAUCAUCCAGCUUGACAAAGGAAAGUACGACAGAACAUCAUUCCACAGCAAUACAUUAAGACAUGGCCAGGAUUGGCGAAAGAGAAGUGUAACAACGCUUAGAAAUAUGUUCUAUAAACGUCAGCAACAUCUUCAAAAUGUUUACAUCCAAGGCGAGCCAGGAGUUGGAAAAACAUCGUUUUGCAGUAUGCUUGCAAUUCUCUGGAGCAAUACACAAUUGUACGGCUUAGGUUACAUUGAGAAAACUCCUCCAUUUACAGACGUCGAGACCAUCAAAGAAUAUGACUUUCUUUUUCUGGUUGCAUUGCGAGAUUUCAGCGGCUAUGAAUGCAAUGUUGAAGAAAUGAUUUGGCGCCUUAUUGUCAAACGCAUGCGUAAUAAGCAAGCAUAUCCAAGGGAAACAUUGACCGAAAUCAUGUGUACAGCAAAGUGUCUGAUCCUGCUAGAUGGCUUAGACGAAUGGGUUCAUCCGAAGACGCCUUCUGAAAGUUGUAUUUGUGGGACAAACAAAACCAUCCCUUUCAGGGUCCAACGAGAAAAUUGUACGUUUGUGACUACAACUCGCCCAUGGAAGAUGGCUUACGUAUUCGUCAAAGACUCAGAGGUUGAUCGAAGGCUCGAAAUAUUGGGUGUGAAUGAUCCACAUGACCUCAUCGGAAAAGUGUUGGAUAGCUUAAACAAGAGAAAAGGAGAAACGAAGACAUCCGAUGCCUUUCUAAACGAAGUAGGAACUAGAGGACUGAACCAUCUCCUCGAAAUUCCUAUCAUACACAUGCAUUUGCUUUGCUUGUGGCACGACGACAGAGCCCUUGAACCGUCCGUUUGUAAAAUAUACAGCAGUAUGCUGGACAUGCUGUUUGGGAGAGCAAUGAAUAGCAGACCACAUCAGGAUCAAAGCCAUGAAUUGUCCAGUGGAAAUUUGAGCCUUCCUAUAAGUCUCGCAGACGAUGAAAAUUUGCAAGAAAACAAAACCCUUGUCGUUUCCCUUGCCCAACUGGCCUUCAAUACGCUGCAGAGUCGCGAACAGGAGUCUUCCAUCGUCUUUAAGAAAACUCAAGUCAAUGAGUAUUUGUCAAAGAGUGAGUUGGAGUUUGCCCUCAACAUUGGUAUUUUGACACAGAGACAAUCCUUGUCUUCAACCAAACCAGUGUUGACGUAUUCUUUCCUUCACAAGACAUUCCAAGAAUUCUUUGCUGCGUUGCAUUUAGCAAACAACAAAGGUACAGAAUCAGAGAGUAUAUUUUUGCUGCAUGGUAACAAGAUUAAAGUCCAUGACAUAUCGCUUCUCUUCAUAUUUUCAUGUGGACUUUGCCCCGAAACUGCUCAAAAGAUAUCUAUUGAUCUUAUGCGAAGUAUAUCGGAAAGCUGUGCUGAGGAAUUACACCGGAAAGGGACGGAGACGCCCUCAAAUCAAAGUCGCCAUUUAGCCGAAAUAGUCGAUGCACAGCACAUAAUACUUCAAGGUUUUCAUGAAGGGCGAAAUAAUGGAAACUCAGAAAUCAAGCUGACAAUUCGGCACGUCGCUGGCCAUAUUCCUAAAGGUAAAUAUUGUCUUUGGAAGGAACUGGUAGAAACAAAUAAAGACCACAUCGAAACACUACUUCUUGAUGAAACAGACACAACAACAGAAGAUGUCACAUUCAUACAGGAUGUCAUUUCGAGCUCAAGAAAUGCAUUGAGAUAUGUCCACUUUAGAAACCAGCACGGUUCAUAUGAUUUGAAUCAGUGUGGCAAACUUCGGUACUUGUAUAUCGAAAACACAGAUCACGACUGUCACACUUGUGUAGAUAUAAACUCAACAGACCUGAUGACUUGUAUUAUGAAUCAUGUUACACCAGCAACGGAAAAAUCUGUCAUAUCGUCACUGACCAGAGCCUUAAAACUACGAACCUUGCAGAUACAUCGUUGCAGGGACAGUGGUCGGCUUUUAGAAGCAAUGUCCGAAUUGAGAAGUUUGGAACAAGUCAAAAUCUGCAAUACAGAUUUCGCUGAAGACCAAGUCCUUGUGCUGCCCGAAUGUAUUUAAUACAUUGACCUCUUCAGAGUGACGGUUUCGGUCGAAACUCUUACCAAACUCUCCGAAUGGUGCGUGAAAAUACCACACUCCAUCACUUGCAAAUUGAAAGACUGCAGCGUCCUGCCGGGAAAGAAGUUUCUUCAAUUCAAGAAACAUAUAAAGAGUUGCACAGACGAAUUCACAGUCAUCAGAGACGGUUUCAAGUACAAAUAUGAAGAGGAGUAUGAAUACAGUGUAUUCAAAUUCACAACAGCGCACCACUAAGUUGGAAACGUGCAAAUGGCUACGCUUCCUUACACUCAUCAAAUUGUGCAAUCUACAGUGCGGAGGGCAAUGGGUAUCUCUUGAUCAACAAAAUAUUGACAUGGUGGGUCACAUAAUGCAAGAUAACCUGGUACGAUGUAUGCCCAAGUGUAGCUCUAAAAGGACUUGUUAACGAGUAUAUUGUAUUGUAGAGUUAUCUAGAAUACAUGUUGACGCAGGAAUCGUAGACAUUAGUUUCAGUUUGGUAUUUUUCUUUAUUCAUGAGUGUUGGGAUAAGAGUGGGGUUUGUGCACAUAAACCGGUUUAAACCCCCCGUAAAUCUACAUUUUACUGACCGUUCCAAGGCGGUACCUAACUAUCCGUGAUAAACAUGCCUAGCUUGUUUAUGUAGUAUAUAUGCACUGUGUUGUUUGUGGAGUUUUGUACUAUUGUUCCAUGUUUUUUUGUGUUCCAUGACUUUGGCGUUUACCCUGUGCGAUUAAAUGGGGUUUAUGUUUAAACUUUGGCUAAUGAGCUUGUUUCUGUAGUUUUUCACAUGAGUUAUGAUAUAGGUAAUGCAAUACAGAUGCCAUAAUAGAAAGCGAAUUGUAUCGAUCGUUUUUAAUGUGGUCAAGUAUUUAUUACAAUAUAAUUAAUGAUAGCGGAUUAGUAACUGGAUGUACGUGGUAUGUUAAACCAACAGGUCCCAGUUUCAUGAACAUUUGAAAGUUUUGAAUACUUAUUGUAUAUUUCAAGGAAAUAACCUCAUGAUUAUCACAAUAAACUACUUUUUAUAUUGUAAAAUAAAGGUAAAGUAGGUAAUUUUGCUUAUUGGAAUAAGAUACUUAACGAUUGUACAUUUUUCGAGCCGUAACAAUAACUGUCUAUAUACGAAGGUUUACAUUCAUGUAUUUUGAAUGUUUGAAAUGAAAUAAAAUCUUGUUCUUGUUCAUUCGUGUCUUCAAUAUGGUUAUACCAGUAACAUUCAAGAUCACCGUAACAAAUUGUGUAUAACGCCUUGAAAACCGGUAUGUACAAAAUUGGACUAAUAUUAUUCAUUCGCGACCGAAGUUGUAUUAUUAUAAACAAUUUAAGGGACACUUUGUGUUUAAUUAAAAUAUCAUUGGGUAAAUAUGAAUGAUGAAUAUAGAACUGUGAUAUGUUUGCAUUUUCACUGAAUCGAAGUUAGGAUAUUAUAUAAUGUUGCACGUUUAGGUUGUACAUACAUAUUAUAAUAUGUAAUGCCGAUAUGAUUGAAUCUGAACACCACUUUAUGUUUAGUUGUCAAAUUUUCUCUGAUUUAUGGCUACACUACCCUUUUGCCAGAUUAUGGAAUUCAUUGAGUACAUUUAUCUUUACAAUUACUUAAGAAAAUAUAGAUAUUAUAAGAUGUUUGUCUUACUACAUUAACAACGCUUGCAACGAUAUGUUAAUGCCUUGAUGUUGCUUCAUGUUUUAUAUAUGCAAUCAUGGAUAUUUCUUCAGCGUUUGAAGCGAUAAUUUUUGCAUGGUCGAAUAAAGUUAUAGCAUUCAACAUAAGAUCAUUAACUAAGAAUUGUUAGAAUAAAUAGAUGUAUUGUUUAUUUUAUUGUAUUGUACUAUAAUAACACCAUACAUGUUUGGUUUUUAAUGAUUAUAAAAUCGACCCAAAUAUUUCUUUUUUAGAAAAUAGAAAUACCAUUUAUAUCAAUUGUGUACCUAUAAAUGUGACUUUGAUUCGUCUGUCUAUGUAAAUGACAUGUCCAUAAAAUGUUUUAUAUUUGAAAUAGUUCGUUAGUACAUUAUGUACUUGUAAAGAGUAAUUUCUGUAUGGCAGUAUUGCAAUUUGAGUACAUUUCAAAAGCUUGUGUAUUGCCGAUAUUGCCAAUAAAUCUUG